UUUUUACAUGAAUGGGAAUUUUUAAUUAGACAUAUAUUACUAAAAAGCUAAUUUUUAUGUUUUUUUUUGGGUACAACUAAGCUAUGAUGCUUAAAUUUGGUGCAAAUAUUGUAGCACAAUUAUUCAUUUUGGUCUAAAACUAAUCCAUUUUUAUUUGAUUUGUUAAAUUGAUUAAUUAUACAACUACUUUACCAUUUUCACCGUUAAAUGAUUUAAUUUUUAAUUUCUAGAAUGUUCUAAAUGCGUGUUGUUGUUUUGUCCAAUAUAGUACUUCACUGGUAUACUUCUGGUUUUAUUUAUUAUAUUCCUAUUGGCUAUUGCUAUUCAUUUUGUUGUACUCUAUUUUAAUGGGUAUGGACAAUAUGAGGUCAUUUUUUUAAUAAUAUUUUUGGCCUAUGUGGUAUUUACUGAGUACUCCCUCUAUUCUAUGGGAUUUGCAACAAGUACAACUUACGUCUUUUUGAAGGGGUAAGGCAAAAAGAUGUAUAUGCUCUUGAAGGGUAAGUGGGAGAAAGAUGUGGAUGCAAAUUUAAAAAAGACUGGGUAAUUGCAUAAUAUGGAUGACAAACCGGAGGCGUGUGCUGAGUGCUCUCGUUUUUGUUUGUCACUCCAUAAAUCCAAGCUUGAUCCGCUCCCAAUUGUUUCCUCAUUCUUUAAAGUUAUGUUGGGCAACCAUUUCUCUGAAGUGCUGAUUGUGCCUCCUAGAUUUGCUAAAACUAUUACAGAACUUGAAGGGAAAAGCACCUAUUUUGAGGAUUCCACAGGACAAAAAUGGGAAGUGUAUUUGACUAAUAACAAUGGCUCUCUUGCUUUCCAAAAGGGAUGGCGUGAAUUUUUUGUGGAUCAUAAUAUUCAACUUGGUGAUUUUCUGGUAUUUAAUUAUUUCAAGGGAUCACAUUUUAAUGUUCAAAUUUUUGAUAGAAGUGGGUGCGAAAAGCCUAUGAUUUUCAGCAAAAAAGAUUAUCAGAAGAAUAGAGCUAAAACUACAAAAGAUUAUAUUCCCAAAAGUCUUUGUCGUGUUUCGUCUAACAAAAAGUUUUUUGCAAACAAGUGCACAAAUUCUUUCAUGGAUUUUGAGCCUGACAUUGAUGUCAUGCAGAGGAAGGAUGCUAUUCAUAAAGUGAGAAAAUUUCAUGAGGUUGAGGAAGAUGUUCCAAGACAAGAGAAUACCAACAAAAGGCCUAAAGUGGUCCCUAAAGACAAUGUAGAUGCUGAUAACAUGAGUAUAACAAGAGGGAAUAUGUGUUUUCAAACACCCAACACAAUGCUGAAAGCGGAUACUUCCAAAAUCAUAACAGAUGAUGAAGCGGAUUGGUUGAGUACAAAAUGUGUAGCGCUACCCAACGAUGCAGUUUCAAGGGCCGUAAUGCCUUUGAAAGUUUUAUAUCCAGGGCAAUCUGUCGCUGCACCACAUACAUCUGAGUUCACAUCUCCAACUAGUUGUGGAAAGGGUAUAGUCGAGCUACCCAAAUAUGGUGAAAAUAUUUGGGGUAGCGCAGCGGCUGAUAAUCCUUCAUGUGAUAGCAUGAUUAUAUCCAACAAUGGUGACAGAGAUGAGAUUCUAUACAUCGAAGCUCCUGAGCACGAUCUCUGUGAUUCUCUAUCUGCACCAGAGUUUAAAAUCUCAUGUUCAGAGAAGACGAUAGUGAAUUCUGCCUUACAAGAUGAAUAUGAAGAAGAGAAAGUAGUAUGGCUUGUAGAUCAAGUAGGAAGAAUUUGGCCAGUUAUGUACAAUCAGAGAGGGAAGGACAAGUUUCAGGAACUGCACUUUUUGUAGUUGAAGAUGUUGAUCAGAAUACCAUAUAUGAUUCAUGUUCAAAUCUUUUGCAGUUUUUUCUUUUGCUUCAGGAAUGAAGUCUGUAUAUGUGAACCAAUAUUCAAUUUAUGUUUAAAAAUUAUAUAUUCCCUUUAUGGCACAAUCUCCGUAUUAAUAUAUUAAGAAGUAUGUAGAAUUAAAUACCGACAUAUAUUCUGAAGUGGGAGAGUAUGAUACUUUCUAUGUCCCUCAAUUGCUAUAAUUUCCUUUUAAGAUCGUUUUAUGGAAUUGUUAUAAACUUAUAAUUUUAUAUUUAGACAAAACUCACGCUAUUUCUUUUAUUCUCAUUCACUUAAUCGUAUUUCUUCAUGAGAUUGUGCAUCAGGGCACAAGGAUUAGAAAGUCUAUGGAUUAUAUAUUAGUGACAUUAUAUGUGAGAGGAUGUGUUUCAAUGGGUAAUUUUAUAUUUUAAUAUAGGAAAGAAAAAUUAAUUGCAAACUUUAU